AUGCUCCCGGAUGUGGACGUCGAGGUGGGGGUGACGGAGGACGCGUCGAGCAAGGGGACGAAGCGGAAGAGGGCCCCUAAGACAAAGGGGCCGUGCGAGCACGGAGUGAAGCGGAGGUCGAACUGCAAGGUGUGCAGCGCUUGUCCGCACGGGAAGUGGCGCUAUUGGUGCAAGGAGUGCGGUGGGGCUGGAAUUUGCGAGCACGGUCGUGAGCGCCGUCGAUGCAAGGAGUGCGGUGGUGCAUCAAUCUGCGAGCACGGUCGUCAGCGUCGUUACUGCAAGGAGUGCGGUGGGGGGUCAAUCUGCGAGCACGGUCGUGUACGCUAUUAUUGCAAGGAGUGCGGUGGGUCUGGAAUCUGCGAGCACGGUCGUGACCGCUCUAGGUGCAAGGAGUGCGGUGGGGGGUCAAUCUGCGAGCACGGUCGUGAGCGCUAUUAUUGCAAGGAGUGCGGCGGGUCUCAAAUCUGCGAGCACGGUCGUCGGCGCUCUGAGUGCAAGGAGUGCGGUGGGUCUCAAAUCUGCGAGCACGGUCGUCGGCGCUCUGAGUGCAAGGAGUGCGGUGGGUCUGCAAUCUGCGAGCACGGUCGUCAGCGCUAUUAUUGCAAGGAGUGCGGUGGAUCUGGUAUCUGCGAGCACGGUCGUGACCGCUCUAGGUGCAAGGAGUGCGGUGGGGGGUCAAUCUGCGAGCACGGUCGUGAGCGCUAUUAUUGCAAGGAGUGUGGUGGGGCUGGAAUCUGCGAGCACGGCCGUAUACGCUCAACAUGUAAGGAGUGCGGAGGCUCUCGCAUCUGCGAGCACGAUCGUCAGCGCCAUACCUGCAAGGACUGCGGUGGGUCCCAAAUCUGCGAGCACGGUCGUGUACGCUCUAAGUGCAAGGAGUGCGGUGGGUCUGGAAUCUGCGAGCACGGUCGUCACCGCCAAUACUGCAAGGAGUGCGGUGGGGGCUCAUUCUGCGAGCACGGUCGUCAGCGCCGUAAGUGCAAGGAGUGCGGUGGGUCUCAGAUAUGA